AUGCUUUCAUUCUUUUCACAGUUCUCUUUUCUCGCUGAACGCGAAUAUGACAAAUAUACGAGAUCAACAACAUCCAAUGCUACAACACCGUCUUCAUCAUCUUCGGAUCCAGCGAUAAAUCUAACCGGAAAAGCUUCAUCACCGCAUCUUUAUCGUCUACCAACAUUCUCAUAUUCACCUCGGAGAAUAAAACGGCAACAAACAAGACAGAAUGAAAGAAGCGGAAGAACAACAAUCGCGUCAUGUUCGUUUAGCAGCUCCUUGACAAAUUUCUCAAUUUCCAGCAGUAGUAAUUCGUCGGAAGCUGACGAACCAUUAUCCUCUUCAAUAUAUUAUGAUGAAGAAAAAUUAAUAAGUAAGUAUGUGAGUUUCCCGAGUUUGGAGGAAAGUCACCCUGACAUUAAACGAAAAAGUAUUUACGAAUUGGAGAUGGAAAGUUAUGAUGAGAUGCUUGUUGGUGGCAUCAGAAUUUAA